AUGACUUUAUCAAGAAACAUUCAGAAGCACUCUUUAACAUUAAAUUAUCAAAAUGACGGACGACAACAACCUUUCUUACAAUCUGACCAGUACUUCUUUGACAACAACUACGCUACCCAGUCAAUGCAGUUCUUUCUAUUACCUGCCACCUGGACCGUGGCGGACAGUACUGAGAAGGACAGAAAUCGUACUCACCGUUCCGUGCCUCAGCUCAAUAGUAUGGUGCAUGAGGUGCAGUGUUGGGUAAAGCAGUGGACCGAGGAAGGGAGUAAUAUGUUUGUGCAUAAGAGACUUUAUCAAUCUCAUGAGAACAACAUCGGCAGUGCUGGUGAUGGAAGAGGAGGAAAAUUGCAUAUGCCGAGAUGUAUACAAGAUGCAUAUGUGACGUGUGCGACUUAUUUUGCGUCGACGGACAGGAAUAAGGAGAUGAGACUGGGCAUUGUCGAAGACAGAGUUGCAACAUUGUUGGAUGAAGAGGGUGAUCCAGAUGACCGUGGAAUUGAGACUGGAGAUGAUGAACAGUUUGAUGAUCCAUUCUCGACCGCGACAUUGAGAGUAGGCAACGAAGGACAAACGGGAGGAAAGCUGAGCAAACCCCGAAGUGUCCUAGACCAUCUUGCCCGCGUCCAAGCACUGCUAAUCUAUCAAAUAAUCCGACUCUUCGACGGUGAUCCACGAUCAAGAAUAAUGGCCGAAUCCCUAAUCCCUGUGCUGAGCCACUGGUGCAAACAAAUGCUCGACAGCGCGUUGCUGUCUAGUCAAUACGUCAAUUCAGCCAUAUCAUCCACCAACGCUAAAACCAAAGCCAACAUUGAAAAGAAACUCAACUCGGACUGGAAUGCAUGGAUUCUCGCCGAGAGUGUACGGCGCACAUGGCUUGUCGCUGGACACAUGCAAUGCAUCUAUCAACUACUGAGUUAUGGCAUCACCGCCUGUCCCGGCGGAUUAAUGUUCACUACUCGCGCGGGACUAUGGCAAGCCGAGUCGGCAUAUGAAUGGUGGGCAAAAUGUAAGGGCAAGGAUGCUCUAUUCUGUCCCAGUUUGGAGUCCGGCAAAUACUUGUUGAAGCCUGGGGUAGCGGAUGAUGUGGAUGAUUUUGGAAGGUUUGUGUUGAAGAUCAUUGAGGGGGAGGAGAGGGUAAAUAAGUGGUUGCCAAUUUCUUAG